AAAGAAAAUUAGGUUAGGGUUUGGUGUAUUAGUUUUCCAGAAUCCGACAAUGACGUCAUACGAUGAUGAGAAGAAGAAGCCGACGUAUAUUAAGGUGCACGGGAAGCUGAAAAAGCUGGAAGAGAUUCACGGCGUGGAGUCUCCCCAUCUCGGUAGUUUCUACAGCGGUGGAUAUGCGGACGUGUUUUGUUUUAAAAUCGAAGACAGCAUCCUUGAAAAGGCUCUGGACUUCUGUCAGAAACGUGGACUGAUCAAGAAACAGCAUCAUGCCCUUGAUCCAAAUCUACUCCGAGACAAGUUGAAGGAUUUCGAUUCCACUUUUCGCCAAAAUCAUCUUCAUGAUGCUAUUGGUCUUGUUGAGGCUGCUUCCAAGUUGGACAUCAAUAGCCUCUAUGACCUCUUUUUUGAAGAUGCCGUUCUCAUGAUCGAUCAAAAGACUCCUCAAGAAAUUGACGAUAUCUUCAUCGUACGUUAUAAUGGUGAUGAUGAAGUGCGUAGGGAUAUGGAAUUCGUCAUGGAGACUGCAGUACCCCGUUGGGCUUGGAAAGAAGACCGCAGAACCGUUGUUUAUUGAAUUGUUUUCCUAAGUGACUCGCUCUAAUUACCCUUUUAAUCAGUUUUUCUUUAAUUACUGUAGUAACUAGGUUGCUAGCUACCACAAGCUGCAUCUAUAUAUGCUGUGUAGUAGUUUUUGUCAGUCUUAUCAUUUUAAACCUAUUACACAUUUGAUGUGUAAAGUAGUAGUGUGUGUAUAUAUAUAUAUAUAGCUUGCUCAUGCAGACCAGAGUAUACAAAUUUGAUGAGAAACACCAU